AUUAGAGCCACCCGGCACCCGACCCUCACCGCCUCAACUAGUGCGGUUGAUAUUGUUUGUAUGGAUUUCUAUGGAUAUACGCUCAUUACAUCAACUCCGGAUCGCCUCGCUCGCAAGUUGCCCACGCGCGGGCGGCGAGUGGACCACUCGGUGACAACUCGCAACUCGCAUGCUUGCCGCACGUUGAUCGCGCGUUGCCGACGAGUGGACCGCGCGCUGCCUGCCAGUGAUUCACUCGAGGGCGAUGCGUUGGCAAUGCGCCGCUCCCCACCCUCCCUUCAUUCCCAGCCUUUCUUUCGAACGAAGCGGACGUAUCGUUUUUACUUUUAAAAUGAAUAAAGAAAAACUUAUCGAAGAAGUUCGUAAAUAUACUUUAUUAUAUGAUCUAAGUGACUCGAAGUACAGUGACAAUGUAAAAAAGGAAGAAGCAUGGACAGAAAUAAGCAACACCUUAGCGGUAACAGUACCAAUGUGCAAGAAAACGUGGUCCAAUUUAAGGGAAGCUCAUCGUAGGGCUAUUAAGAAAAAAAAUACCAAAAGCGGUCAAGCAGCAGUCUCAGUUAAAAAAUGGCAAUUCGAGGAUGAAAUGAAUUUUUUGACACCCUUUUAUAAAGAAAGAGCAACUGUAUCUUCACUACUCAGAGAUAGUGAUGAUACAGAAAGUACCGUCAAUGAAGAUUCGCAGUUGUCUGCUCCCGAUUGCCAAUCGGAUAUUUCAAUAAUAGAAGAUCGUCCAACAUUAUCUGAGUCCUCUACAAAGAAAUCCAAGUUUUCAAACAUAAAAAAGCCCAGAGUACUUGACGAAGACAGAUCUUCUGCAUCGUCAUUGUUAAUGAAAUAUAUAUUAAAAGAAAAAGAUGAAAAAAAUGAAGAUGAUAUUGACAAAUUUUUUUAUGGUAUAGCUGCAACGGUGAAGAAAUUUAAUGAAUACAACAAAGCAAUUAUGAAAUCUCAAAUUUUUAAUAUUGUUUCGCAAAUGGAACUCCGAAAAAUCAAUGAAAAAGGAAAUAAUUACUACGUCAGUAAUAAUUAUUCAACUGCAGGACCUUCUGGAAAUUAUUCAACGCCAGGACCUUCUGGAUACAGUACUACAACGAAUUAUGAUACAGAAAGGAAUGCCACAGAGGUGAACACACCGGUCUUGACUGAUACUGAAAAAGAUUUACCUGAUUUUUAAAUACCGAAAAAGAUUUACCUAAUUUUUAAAAAUGUGAUUAGUAAGUACUUAAUUAGUGACAAAAUGAUGUCAAUAUUACGAAAAUAAAGGUUGAUUUAAGAUACUCUUACAUUGUUUUACUUAUACACACAUACAUACUUACAUAUAUACCGGUCAAAAACUAAAUUGUUAUUAAAAUGACACAUGGAGCAUACCAAGAGGUAAAAAAAACUAAAGUAAUAACUUUAUUUACUUACUUUAAAGUC